AUGGGGACAGGGAUGCGCAGCCAGUCCCUUCGAGGACCCAGGCCCAACUACGGCAAGCUGCAGGAACCCUGGGGGAGGCCUCAGGAAGGCCGCCUCCGCCGGGCGCUGAGCCUCAGACAGGGGCGAGAGAAGUCCACACCCCAGGGCCUCGACGGAGGUGUGGAAGGGCUGGACGGCCCGGGUCAGGAGCGGCAACUUGGGGGCCUGGAGGACACGGAGCAGCUGAUCCAAGUCCAGCGAGGAGGCAGCCGGCGGUGGCUGAGGCAGUACCGGCAGGUAAGGAGAAGAUGGGAGAGCUUUGUCGCCAGCUUCCCGAGUGUGACCCUGAGCCGGCCAGCCUCCCCAGAACCCCCGCUGGACACCACUAGAUAA